UUUUUGCAAUCAUAGAUAUUCCGUGGAAAUCGUAACAGAAACUCCAUAGUAUACAACAGAUUUGUUCGUCCUCUGAAAGCACGUUUUGUACGAGUUUACCCAAGAAGCUGGCAGGGACACAUUUCUAUGAGGUUGGAACUGUAUGGACGACGAUAUGGCCGCCUUCCUCGUCCUCGUAUAUUCCCAAGUGGUAUUUCCAAUGGCCGUCUGCCCAACAAAUACAUCACAGCUUCCAGCCAAUGGGACAAAAACCACGCCCCAUGGCUCGCUCGUCUGCAUCGUAAACGACGUGGACGUCUAGUUGGAGGAUGGUCAGCUCGUAAAAAUAACAGGGGUCAAUGGAUUCAGUUUAACUUGAGAUCGCCAAAGAGGGUCUUCAAGAUUGUAACUCAAGGACGAAGCGACACGAACCAGUGGGUGAAAAGCUUUAUCAUCCGUUACAGUGUAGAUGGAAGACGAUGGGUGUGGUACAAAAGGAAUAGUGUUAUUAAGGUACCGACGAAUUUUCAAGGAUUUGUACAAAUACCAUGGUUCGAGAAAAUUUAA